AUGUCUGCACGUCGCCCGAACACUCGACUAGACCAAGUGCGAAGUCAAUUCCUCAAGGUCUUGUACCGAUGGGACGAAACCCGCCUUGAUGAGUUUCGAGCGUUGUUUUUAUCAAGAGCAUCCAAGGACAAUGCUUCUGACCCAGCUUGUACUUCAGAACCGCCUCACACAAAACAGCACGAUUCCUGA